AUGGCUCUCGCCAGAGUUAAUAGACUGUGGCUCGAUAAAGUUGUCGAUAAAUCGAAGCAGGUUCAGUGGUGAGUUUUACGCGUUUUGUAUAUUGGAUUAACUUGUAAACCAUUCGAAGUUCGUGGAAGCCAUUAAAAAUUAGGACGGCAUGGCGCUUACGCUUUUGUCAACUUUAGCAGCUUUCUGAUCAGACAUUUACUUUUGGAUUUUGUAGGAUUUACGACGUAAUCUUCAGCCCCAAUGGAUCAUAUAUCCUUGCUGCUGCUGGAAACUUAAUCUUGGUAAUUCAUGUUGUUACGAACGAAUCAGAUGAUUUCUUUUUAAGCCGUCUUUUUAUGUUUUGUUUACAAACGAGAAUGGUUUGUUUGGCGAAGUGUUGCUCUUUGUCAACGGCAUGUCAUGACUAAACUAAAUGGUUUCAAACGGCUCUCACGACAUCUUUCACCACGAGUUUGAAAUAUAAUGUGAUUAUAGCCUAAAUGUUUUUAAUUAUUCCUUGGACUAAGGGCCGGUAUAUCGAGGCUCUUUUACAGAAAAUGUUCAAAAGUACGCAGAAUUAUCAAAAGGAAAAAUUUUGUUAUAGCGCGAUAUGACUUACGUUAACUUGGAUUAAUGCAAUUUUCGGUUGUGGGUUACCUCAAAUCCAGCAAACAAGAUUUAAAAUGAAAUGGUAGGUUCAAAUAACACGCACUUUAUUGUCCACAAGUAUAAAUUGCUUUAAGGGGGUAAAGGUUAAUCUUUCGAGCUAUUAUUUCACGUUCUUGAGGUAUGUGUGUUCAUUUAGGACUCCGGAAUUUAUCCGGUUUUCUCUCUCAUUCUUUUUCGAUCUUGAUGCAAUUACGAGCAAAAUUUGGACAAAGUUGGUGCUUCCGAUGAAAAAAAACAUCAACAAAUCAGGCUCGAUUUGACUUUUUAAAAUGCUAGCAUAGAAGACUAAUUUAUGAAAAAUGAGUCAAAGCCGAUCGUCUUUUUUUUUUCGCACAGUCACCUUAUUCCUGGCUAAAAACAUGCCGUGCUUUGAACCAAGCUCCGGAAAUAUCUAUUGCAGGAAAGACAAAUAUUUAUUAAAGAUAUAUUUGCCAUAAUGCGCUGAUCUAAUGGACAUUACAAGCUGUCCAUGGCUCCGAUCGCUUUCAUUUCAACCGAACGUCUUUCUCGGUACAGGUCGAAUUCGAACGUUUGAUCUUCACGUUCGGAGGAAUUUAUCGCCAAAAACGUUUCCAUGGCAGCAACGUUUUUUUGCCUUCGGCCUUCGGAGCAGGGUCAAUCAGAACCGGAAAUUCUUUUGAAAUUUUUUACACUCGAUGCUCCUUGGAGUAAUAAGUUGAUUGCAUUUCACACAUUUACACAUUACGGUAAUAGUUGUUUCUUCCAUUCAGUAAUAUCACAAAUUUCACUCACACUUCACUAAUUAUUCAUGACAUUGAGCGCGACCGUUUUUUCUGUUUGUUUGUUUUUAUUUUGCUUUGUAUUGUCUUUUUUUUAAGUAAUCAUCUCUUUAUUGGCUUCAUUCGAGACAUGCGCAUGUUACAAUAAAAGAAGACCGAAACGUUCAGAGAGAGAGAGAGAGAGAGACACUCAGCCACUAGAUAGCGACCAAAAACCGAUAAUUAAAUUAUUCUCAUUAUAGAUUUACCGAAGAAUUUGAUGAUGUAAGGAGAAUUUACUUAUCAGUCACUUGUAGGAGUUUAAUGCUUUAUUCGCAUUUGAUUUUAUUCGAAAAGGAACAACUGUUAUUGAUCACCUGGGGGGAGGGGGUGGGGUCGUAGGAUUUUGGGGGAGAUCACAUGGUUUUUAGGGGUUACGAAGUGGGGAUCAGUCAGCGCUAUAGGGUUAUGGAAAUUGACUGCCAAUGAGGGGGGAGGGGGGGUCAUUAAUAUACUACACUACUACUACCACAAAAUUUAUCCUAUCCCCCCAUAAGGCUGUGUAACAAUCUUAAGAUCUCCCCCUACACUGGCAGUUCAUUGGUAUGACAGUCAGUUCUCUAUGGUCCCCCCUUAAUGUUGGCGAAGACUGAUCCCCCAACACCCACCGUUUCCCCUGAAAACCACGUGUCACACCCAAAUCCCCCACCGUGCAAGGUGAUAACUAAUGACUGAUGUCUCAUGUUUGGAACUGUCGACCACACAGAACAUCAAUUGUAAGUUUUUGAGUCAUGAACAAUGAAUGAGAAAUUGUCAAGGAUGUGUGAUUUAUAGACCCCUUCACUUUCACCACCUCGGUAAUCUGUUUUACCUCUCGUCUGUUUUAACUUCAAAUCUCGUUAUCUCGCCUUAAGCGCAAAAACUGGACUAAUGCCUGCAUCCUUUCUAUUUUUAGGUAUACGAUACAGCCGAGGGCGUGCUGCUUGAUAUGUUAAAAGGACACAGAGAUACAGUGUAUUGCCUGGCCUACGAAAGUUCUGGUAAGAUAUACCUACAAAUGUCUCUGACUGACUGAUUCAGUUCUAAACUGAUGGGGACGGGGGUUGGCAUGGUUGGAGGUUCUCCAAAUCCACGCCUGUCUGUCUGUAGACUUAACCUUUAAAAUCCAUACUAAUCCAUUCAAAAUACCUGAUCUUCAAGUCUACAAAACAGGCGAGAUUUUCUUAAAUUCUCGCGCAUGUGCUCUUCGAGCGAGCGUGAAACACAAGUCACGCACGAGAGGAUCCACUUUUUGCACUCGCAUCGCGCUUGCGUUCGCUCGACUUAAAAAAAAAUGGGGAAUAGCGUUUCUUUUGCAGGCUACGAUAAAAAAGAUAAAAAUUACAGAUAGAAAGUGCAACACAUCGCCGAAGCUUAUUUCGGUUUCCAUAGCAUGAAGAAAGUAGGCGAAUCGCAUCCAGUUCCCACCGGAUGGGACGUUUGUCCAUCACUGGUUUCAACGAAUUAUUUGGCAGUUUCCGUGAGGGUUUACUAAUAUUCAUUUAUAGACUCCGGCCCGCAUACCACAAGACUACAGUUUUACGAGAUGUUUUAGGAGUGGAGAAUUCCAUAAUAAACCAAAUUUUCUCGGCUAAAUGAGAUAUUGUAAUUACUACCAUUUUUGAUAGGUGUUGGGAUUCGCUGCGCGCGCUGCGGGCUCCGCUAUAGUGUAAUACGCAGUUUUGGAAAAAAAAGUUGAUAUGGACUUCAUUUACGAACCAUUCUCGAUACAAGGGAAUCAUCUACACCAUCGAAUUUGUCAAUGGAAUCCAUGCAAUGAGCGCCGAUCAAUAUAGGUAAAGUCCUGGCUUCUUAGUAUGUUUCAUCACUGUUUAACAACAUAGCCAAGAAAGAAAACAGAUGCUUACUUGCUAACGAAGUCAUUUGAGUGAGUAAACUGGCAACACAGAAUCAACUUUUCCAAUUCAAUGAUCAACCAUGCAAACAUACAUUUUUCUCACUGACGAGGGGCUAAAGCUCAGAACGAUAGCUUUAGAAACUCUCACAAUGGUCAAUUUACAUUUUCAACUCAGUUUAUAAAACUUAAUUAUCGCGGGGUACCCUUCACCACCCCCCCCCCUCCCUCACCGACGCAGCACCACAGUUUCUCUUGAAACUUACUCCCUUCAGCCAUCUAUAUAAACAUACCGAGGACGUUGCCAGAAGCUCUCCGCUCGAUCCCAUACCACCCAAAGUUUUUAUGUACAGCAUUGAGGAAAUCUUAGAACAUGAAAGAAAGGUACUUACUUAUUACAGGAGAUACGGGAUUUGCAAGUUAGCCAUUAAUCCGACAAAACCUUUGCAGAAUCUUCCAUGAGGCUCUUCAGCAUUACCAUUUAUCGGUCAGCAAGUCUACCUUGGAGUUGAAGGACAUUUGUAUGCUUCAGUUUAUCAACAAAUACCUGCUUAAUAUGAGCACGAUACGAAAAUCCAUGACAAACAGUAGCCACUUGUUUCACUACAAUAGUUACAUCGACUAUUAAUAUAGACGCAGUCUGCUGAAAAUAACUAGUAUUGACACUGUAGGAGGUUCUUCACCCCAUCAUGCGCUAGACUAUAGAGUUAAGCUGCGUAAACCGAAACCCAAGUGCAUGUAUAAUAACUGUCAAGGCGGGGAGUCUGUGAAUUUCACCUUUACCGCCUGCAAUGUUGUGUGCCCUUGCGUGCGCAGUAAGUGCAGUUUUCUUAGAUUGAACCGAUACUAUUUUUUCUCAUAUCUGUGGGAUACCAAGAAUGAUGCUGAAUUUUUUCCUCUACAUUAAUAACAAGCACAUGACAUCAUUAAGUUAAAUAAAAUACUUAUUUGUCAUUGACCGCUUGGGAGGUCCGUAGAGGAAAAGGCUGUGCCAAAGGUCUUCAGCACAGACCCACAUAAUACAUAACACUUGACCCAGAUAUACGGCAAAAGAACCUUAUUCAGGCUAUGUGACUGAUUGCAUUUCUCAAAAUCCCAUUAACAAUCCCCAGUAUUUACGCUAAAAAAGGACACGAUAGAAACAGGAAAGAACCUCUCUUCAGUCCCGCCACUACACACAACUUGGAAUCCCAUGAUACUCUGCGAGCAGCAGCAUUCUCUUUUUCAUCCCAUGGUUCUUUGCGCAAAUGAAAAAUUUUAUGUUUUUCUUCGUGGAAAAUGAGAGCGUUACCAACAUGGGUCGAUAAAGUCCACGACAAGGACAGAGUUGAGCAGUGGUAAGAAUUACUACAUCUGCAUACAUCGUUCUUUUAUUCUGUGCCAAUUCUGAUCGAGAAUAUUUUCACAUGGCAGCAUUUACGACCUUGCAUUCAAACCCGAUGGAAGUCAACUCAUCGUUGCCGCUGGAAACCGUGUUUUGGUAAUCUACGUCUUCUGAUUUGAAAUUAAUCUCGAUUCUGAAUAUUUUCGUGACGUUUGCGGAAAUUCUUCUUAGGUUUACGAUACAAACGAUGGGACACUCAUUCAGCCCCUCAAAGGUCACAAAGAAACCGUGUAUUGUGUUGCAUACUCCAGAGAUGGUAUGUUUUAUGUUUGUUUUGCAAUUCGAUCGCCAAAAUAGCCAAAUUAUUUAGAAAAAAAAAUAUUUUUUUUUGAUAAAAACUACAGAAGUAUGGUGUAGGGAAAUUUAGGAUUAUCCAUCCAAAAUAGCAAUAAUAAGUUAAGACGAUUAGAUGUAAAAAGCGUAAAUCUAAGCUAUAGCUAUAUAUACGUAUUUUUUAUAUAUUUUUUAAUAAAUUACAUGUGCUAUUGUAGAUGCUGAAUUUCUCUAUCACAUUUCGCCCAUAUUUCAGAAAAAAUAGCGGAUAGUAUGAAACAGUGUUCAUUUCCCUUACAAUUCAUUUGUGCACAAAUAGUAUGUACAUCAGACACCAGAUACCAGACACCCCUUUAUCUUUAACAUCAGUAAAGUAUUCUCUUGCCCUUGAACACUUUGAUACAAGGUAUAGCUUUGAUCCUUAAAGUAGAAAUUAUACUAUACUUGUGAAAAAAGAUACAAGGAACACAAGAUAUGUAAAUUUGUCGUAAUAAAUAGUGAGAGGCUUUGUGUUUGUAAAUUGUCCAAAUAACAUUUGCAUUGAGAGCAGUAAAUAAUUUUUGCAGUCAAGUAAUUUUGUUCUGCUCCGAUCUUCUCCUAACACUUGGAGUAAGACUUUUGGAAGCAGUUUAAUCUUUCCAGUCGUUCAAUCUUGCUGUCAAGAAUGACUGUUAUUUCUUUCACAUAUCUCACCACUUCCUCUUGAGCUUGUGAUUGGAUAAUGGUAUGUUGAAAAGGUGUGCAUUCUCAUGAGCUAGGAUUCUGCCAGGUUGUACUGGAAAAGAAACCUUCAGCUCUUCAUUUCAAAUUAUACCAAAAAAGUAACUUAAAAGCAAUCAAUUCCUUCUUUGCCCAAAAAGCCACAGGAAUCAUGGGUUGUCACUAAGCACUGGCUGCUGGCAGUAUUUGCAAAUUAAAAAAUUGGUAAUCACCUGAUAGAUUUUUGGCUAGUGAAUUUGCUCUGUAAAGCACAACUGGCACUUCUGAGGUUACACACUAACAUUCUUCAAAAUCAAAUAAUAACUUUGAGCUGCCUUUCAUUAAAUUUCAGCUAGCAGUCUAAUUCUUAACCACUACCCUGGAAAUCCUAAAGUUUUGCUGAGGUCAAGUUGACUGUUGAUAGCUGUUGUCCUGGAAUACAUCAUAACGCUUUUGUUUCAUUGUUACAGGAAAAAGAUUUGCAUCUGGAGGAGCUGACAAAAGUGUUAUAAUCUGGACAUCAAAAUUAGAGGGUAUUCUUAAAUAUACGUAAGUGGUCAUUGUUACUCCUGAUCAGUGUUAUCGUUAAGAGCCUAAACAUGAACUGAGCGGGUACCCACCAGAAAUCAUGACAAGGAUAGAGUCUACUGAUAUAAAUGACUAUGUUCAAUCUUGGCUUACUUUUUUGUGUGUAUGCUUGUGUACCUGUGCUCUCUCACAGUCCACCACUUCCUGUCCUCAGCAAAGACUGACAACCUUCCAAAUUCUCUUUCUUGUAUGGGAAAGGGGAGAGAGAGGGGACUAGUGUAGAGAGCUAAAAUAGUGAUGUUCUCCUUGAUUGGUUAUUAAACCCUUUAACUCCCAGAAGUGAUUCAUAUGUAACUUCUCCUGGUGAUAUCUGGACAUUAUCCAGCAAACAGGUGAUGGGAAUACUCAAACUUAUCAGAUAGAAGUUGUUGUCUUGAUCUAAAACCAAAUUCUUGUAACUUCUCUACAAAGAAAUAUGUAACAGCUAGAGGGGAGAAUUAACAAUCAGAUCUUGGGAGUUUAAGAGUUAACUCGUGCCUGAGCGAGGGACUUUAACAUUUUAUUGUCCUAUGUUCUCCUGUGUCUCACCUGUAGCUGUCUGAUAUAAAUUAGGUGGCUAUAGUUAUUUAUUUUCCGACUGUCUAAAUGAAAAGAACACAUGUACAGUUAUGUUACACUGAGAGGCUGAGACUGUAAACUAGAGAUUUAAAUUCUAGCUAUCAACAGUUAAAUGGUGUGAAAUAUUUCAGACAUAAUGACUCUAUCCAGUGCCUUGCCUACAAUCCCCUCACACAGCAACUUGCAAGUUGUACAACGAAUGAUUUUGGUAAGUAUAGAAUUUUAGUAAAAUUUAUAUUCAAAUGCUUAUAGAACUGUUAAAUGUUACUUUGGAUAUCGAACUAUCCUUAGGGUUAGGGUUAGGUUAGGGUUCUUUUCACCAUCUUCUUGUUACUAAUUUACAAGGAAACUUUAACUAAUUUACAAGCAGCUACAGUACCGCUCGCGUAUACGUUAACUGCGCAGAAAAAUUUCAUAUGCUCUGAUGCAGGAUAGCCAGAUGCGUAUAUACGAUUUUUUUGCGUGUACGGUUGAAGAGAGAAUUAAUAAUCGGAUCUUGGGAGUUAAAAAGUCAAAAUGAAGCACUUUUUACUAUAUCUAUGGGGUCAGAAUAGAUCAAUUUUAAAUUAGGAAAAAGUGGGUGGCUGUAAUUGGUUCUACAGUUUGACUUAAUAAUGUUCAUUAUCAGGUCUGUGGUCUCCAGAACAGAAGUCUGUUCAGAAGCACAAAGUUCCCUCAAGAGUGACUGCCUGUAGGUGAGUGGUAACCAUAAUUGAUCUACAAACUUACAGAAAGAUACUUUUUUGACUGUAAUCCUCUAACAGUAACAUGGAAAUUAAUGAUAAACACAGGAAAUCCUUUGGCAGACUAGAAUAUUUCAAACCAAACUUAUGUAUUAUUAGGAAUUAAAAGUUGCAAAUAUUGCACUGUUUUCAGUUGGACAAAUGAUGGGCAAUACCUGGCUCUUGGUCUUUUCAACGGAUUUGUCAGCAUAAGAAACAAGGUAAACAUUUCUUACUGUGUUUUAAUACCUCAGAUUUCUUCUUAUGUAAGAAGCACAAUUUUUCCUCUUCACGGGACAUACGCUACAUGCAUGCCAUUGUAAAAUACUUUGAGUGAUGUGUUAAAAAAUUAUAAGUUAUAUAAUAACAGAGAGAUGCUGGUGUUUGUCUGGUGGAUACAGAGUGUUAUUACACGCACAAAGCUUACCAUCAUGUAAGCGUAUAAUGUGUUUUUUAGUGCAAGAUGGUGUGGUAGAUUUUCUUCGAACUUUAGAGUGUUUCCAUCAUCCUCAUUCCCCUUUUUUAUUGCUAACUCAAAAAGACAGAUGUCUAAAUGUCUUUAUAAGGGGAAUCAUUGCUGUGUUACUGGGCUUGUUAGCUAUUAGAGCACUUUACUGUCCAAAGGAUGGCUCCCCUUGCUAAAGCCCUGUUAAUUCCCAGAAAAGCCAUUGUCCAUUUUGGCUUUAUGCAGUUUUUGAAAAAUAAGUCAUGAUAAUAAUUUGAUUUGACUGUCACAAUGAUUGUAAUUUUACCUUUGACCAGGGUGGAGAAGAAAAAGUGAAGAUUGAGAGGCCUGGUGGAUCUCCUGUCUGGACACUGAGCUGGAAUCCAUCCAAGUAAGUAGAACUCCAAUCUUAUGACAUUUUGAAUAUUCAAUUUUCCUACUCUAAGAGCACAAGGUUAUCCAUAGAACUGUUACUGAAUCUUCAAUGCUCAUCACUUCUUCUGCUAAUAACUGAGUAAGGAUGUACAUGUUUGUUUUCUAUAAAUAGAGAAGAACCUUAUGACAUUCUAGCUGUUGGUGAUUGGUCUCAGAAGCUGUCUUUUUAUCAGCUCAGUGGAAAACAGGUACUGGUUAACCCUUUAACCCCCAAGAUCUCAAUUUAGUAAUUCUCCUUACUGUUCACCAUUCAGUUCUUGUGGAGUUAGUGUGGAGAAUUUGUUAUUAGAUCAACUUAUAAUCCCCCAAUUGGUAUUUUUCUUUAUUCUCAUCACUUUUCUGCUUUAUAUUAUGUUGAUGUUGUCUUGGUCACUCAUGAGAGUUCAAGGGUUAACUGUCAGCUUGUCAUCACCUUGCGGUACAUUCGCAGGCAAGAUCACUAGUGUUUACCAUUAAAAGAUUCAGUGAUCUUCAAAACCAUUCUUUUAAUGCGAAGACAAAAUAACAGUUAUUGUACUAAAAAAAAAAAAGGGAAAUUAUUAUUAUAAUAGAAUGAAUGCAUUUUAAUUUCCAUUAACCAGUAGGGAGCAGUUGUAAGGAUUGCAUUUUGUUUUGUUGAAGGUUGGAAAGGAUCGUUAUCUUGGGUAUGACCCAUGCUGUCUAAGCUUUUUCUCCAAGGGUGAAUACCUUAUUAUUGGAGGAUCUGACAAAAAAGUGAGUUUAAACAGAGAAAUUUUUUAUCAAAUGAUAUUCAUAAUAAAAGUCUCCAAAGGAAUUAAAUUAACAGCCAUUACAGAUGAUCUUGGAAAAAAAUUCUGUCUUUAGUAAUGCUAAUAGACUAUGGAAAAGGUGAUCUCUUUCAGAAAGUAAUCCUUUCAGAUUGUGACAGUGUAGAGCUUUUUUGUGCAAGAGAUAACACACACGUACAAAGUCAAAUAAUUUUUAAUUGAAACUAAAGGAAGAGUCUGUUGACUUCCACUGAAUUGAUUGUAUAUCUAGCUUAUUGACAUCAGAGUUUUUCAUUCUUUUGAUACACCAAUGUGGCUGGUGCAAUGUCAUGUGAAAAUGUUUUGUGCAUGAGCAAAAUACUUAGUACUGUACUUUAACAAGUCUCUUAUUAUGAGGUUUACUUUUCGUUUUUUUAGUGCACUCUUCACACAAAAGAAGGAGUGGCUUUGACAUCUGUGGGAGAACAGCAAAGUUGGGUUUGGUGCUGCCGAGUAAGGCCAGAUUCCAACUAUGUGGUAAGAGAGAUUUGAGUUGUGAAAAGAAAUUUUGAUUUUGAGAAAUGGUGGGUCAAAAAGAUGGAGAAUAAGCUGGCAACGUAUAUGGAUAUCACUCACACUUUGAUGAAACCUUUCAAUACAUCAACAGGAGGGGGUUGUUCCCCUGAAACUUUGGCAAAUAAAGAUAAGAUCAGCCUACCAAGCUGACAAAUAUUUCAAUUGACACAUUUAUUUGUUUAUUUUGUAUUAUCAACUGUGUUGAUAAGGUAAAUUGGCCACUGUUGGGUGUUUCAAAGCUGACGUUUCAAGUGCUAGCCCUUCUUCAGGACCAUGACAAGGGGCUAAUGCUUCAAAACAUCAGCUUAGAAACUCUUAAGGGUGGCCAAUUUACAUCAUCAACUCAGUUGAUAAUACCAAAUUACUUUUUUAUACUCUCUCAUCAACCCCGUAACACAGUUUCUUUUGAACCUUACCUCCUUUACUCUUUUAUUAGUUGUCAUAGGUCUAUUGUAAUGCUCAAUGCAUCACAGAACUAUGAAUCUUGUAGUUGAAAAUUAUCAUUUGGGAGGUGACUACAAAUCAUAUCAGUGAUUUCAGCAAAUGACUUGCUUUAAGGCAAAAGGAGAAUCUUGUUAGGAACAAGGUAUUUGAGUCAACAUGGGCCUUAAAUUAGCCAUUGUUUCUUUUUGACAUUGUAGGCACUGGGAUGUCAAGAUGGAACAAUAGCAUAUUAUCAACUGAUCUUCAGUACUGUCCAUGGCUUGUACAAAGACAGGUGAGUGUCAAUUACAACUGUUACAGUUAUGUAGUAGAAACUAAUAAGUAGGAGAACAAGAGGGAGAUUUACAAGGCAUUUUGUUAACUGUAUUCCAUGUUAAUGACCCAGUUUUGACAAGUAUGCAUUGUGCGCAGCAUUGGCCAUCAGUGGCCAUUAACUUUAUGUUUAUUAUUCCACAAGCUUUGGGAAAACAAUGCAAGCCUCACUCUCCUGAAAACCAUAACAAAAAUGAAGGCACGCAAUGUAUACUGGCCAAUACUGGGUCUUAAAGCCCAACAGCUGUAUUAAAAUACAAUGACUUUAAUUAUGGUUGACCAGUAAAGGCAAAGUUGCUGCGAGGGGAAGUGAUCAGUGUUGUAAACCACAUAUGCAGUUCACUAAAAUCUCUUAGAUUAUUAGGUUUUAAAGAAUGCCAUCAUUGCAAGUGAUGCUCAGACAGUGACUGUCAGUCUCUUACUUCUUACAUGUAUAAUGCUGUCAUUGCACAAAUGCUAAAAGUCAUUCAUACUCAAACCUUACAGUAAGAAUGAGAACCAACAAUGAAUUUAACCUCAACCAUAUUUGUAGUGGGUGAGCUUGCUAAUAUCACUGUGUAAUCAGAAUUGAAGAAUUCCUAAAAGCUGUUACUUCAAUCAAUAUAGUCAAAUUAAGCCUCUAAAGUAUUCUUUAUGAGUUGUUUUUUCAAUUUCCUAUGGACUUGGAAUGAAUAAUUAUAAUAAAAAUAGCUAAAUUAAAUAAUUUAUGAUGAUAUUGAUAUGCAUAGUUUGUGAUUAUUUACAGUUUAACAAUAUUUGAAACAAAUUACUUCUUUGACAUGGACAGAUAUGCCUUCAGAGACAACAUGACAGAUGUUAUUAUACAGCAUUUGAUAACAGAGCAGAAAGGUGGGUGAAGGAUUGAUUAAACAAAUUUGAAAAUUAAGAGAUUACAUUUUGGGGAAAAAAAAUGAUAAAUGCCCUCAUUGUAGUAUGAUGAGGGCAGGUUUUUCCUGGAAAUUUCUUUGUGGCCCUAAAAAGUUAACUUAAAGUUUACCUAAAAGUUUGUUUUUUGUCACAUUUUUUCUUUUUUUGGUUGGCACCAAAAUUUUGAACUCAAAAUUGAACAAUUUCAUAAGCCUUAACCUUCACAUGUGACUGUGAUCAAUAUAUGUGCAAUGAUCUCUUUUUCCACAGUUCGUAUCAAGUGUCGAGACUUAGUCAAGAAGAUUGCUAUCUACCGACACAGACUUGCUGUAAGUAUAUUUCAGUUUACCACUCUAGUGGGAGAUGCAUCCCUGUCUAGGCAGGAGUAGUGAUACUAUUAGUCACUUAAAAAAUGACUACUGAUGGAUGAUGGGUUCUCUUUGUUUCAACUGCCUUAGGUGCAACUGCCUGACAAAAUAGUUAUUUAUGAAUUGAACACAGAUGACAUCUCUGAUAUGCAUUAUAAGGUCAAGGUAGGUUAAACUCUUCUGCUAUGCUAAUAUUCAUUGGAUUCUGAUAAAAGAUUAGACCAGAGUACCACUAUAUGGAUUCACAAAUCAGAGUUAUAAGACAUGUUCUUCUGCUUAGACAAUAUUACACAUUGGCAAUGAUACUGUCUUCAAUUCUGUUCACAUGCUAUUUUCCUCAUGUAGCUGAGUUUUCAAAUGUCUGUACUUGAGCUGAAAAGUCAGAGAACUAAAAUAUUUGUCCAAAAUGUUGUUAGUCACGCUUACCAGGACUCUGAAGUAACAGGGAAACUGAACAGACCUUAGAAUAGGAUAAAUGUGUUUUAUUUUGCAUCACUUUUAACACAUUGACUUCACAGCAGAAAACAUGAAAACAGAAAAUUGCCUUCUCACAUACCGAAUUAGGUCUUGCUGUUUUAUUUCAUAACUUCAAGUGUAUUUUUCAAUUUAGGAAAAGAUUGAGCGCAAGUUUGAAUGCAACCUGCUUGUUGCCUGCUCCAAUCACAUCAUUCUUUGCCAGGUAGAAAAAUAUAUCAGCUUAAUUUAACAAGUAUGACCACUUAUUGCCAAAACCAACAUUGAUUUUAUACUGUAAAUGGGCUUUAAUAGGGAGGACCAGUCGAUCAUGAAGUGCUUGUGUAUGCAUCUUGGUGUGGGAUGUGUGCUGAAGGAUAAGGAUCUUUGAUAAUGAAUGGCUCUUCUGCAAAGUCAGAGGUUUCCUCUUGCAAAAGAUCCAAGACAAAAAUUUGUAUUUUUUUCAAAUUUCUAACAUACUGGUAAAAUAAAAGGGAAAAUUCAUAUAUUUUCUUAAAUUCUCAGGAGAGAAGACUCCAAUGCUUAGCAUUUACUGGGAUCAAAGAGAGGCAAGCUUGAUAAUUUAUUGUAGACAAUAUCACCAUUUUUACUUUAAGUAUUAAUUAAAACAUACUUUGUAUGAGCAAGGGCAUGAACUUUGUAUAUAUAAUGCAUGGUAGUGAUUGCCAUUGAAUGGCACCUGUCUUUUAUUGGGAAAUGUAAUUUGGCUUAAUAAAUGGCUAUUAUGUGGACAUUUUUCAAUAACCAAAAAAUAGUUUUUAACCACUGUUAAGUCCUAACAAUGCAAAUGUGUUUGCCAGUGAAAAUAGUACGUAAACAUGACUUUAAAUUAUUGGUGUCAUAUAGAGUUGUGUGAUAAUUGCACUUAUUUCAUUCAUUUUUGUAUUAAUUGUAGGGAGUGGGUGAUGGAUUCACUGAUACGUUACAUCAAAGUGAUUGGUGGUCCAUCAGGACGAGAGGGUCUCCUUGUUGGCUUAAAAAAUGGCCAGGUACAAUAAUCAUAGAGCUGUAAUGAUGUUGUUGUUGUACAAUAAUGUACAUGAAAAAAUUAGGUGCUUCUGAUUGACUGAAAACAAGUGCAUUCUCUUGUGACACAAGUGCAAAGUUUGUAACACGAGUGCAAAUUAAAAAAUAGCACCCUUGCUUUCAAAAUUUUGUCUGUCUUGACUUUCUGUGAUGUUUCUUCAUAUACAUUAUUAGCAAGUAAUAACAGGAUUUCUCCUGCAAUUUGGUGUAAUAAGCAAUUGUAAAUUUAUCUAAGACUAUAAAUUGCAUUUGCCCUACAGGCUCAUGCAAUUUUGUUGUCUCUGAAAAAAUUUACUCAUGUUUAUCAUCACCAAAUUGCACUCGAAAUCAUGUUAUUACCUAUACUAAUAAGGUGUAAUUGGUGGCUGUUUGCAUUUUAUGGUUGAACUAUGUAUGUUGUAUGACUGUUGUACUCUUCAGAGAUGCAAUGUCCUUAACAUUAGCUCUUUGACAUCAACAAGUAAGCAGACUUGAGAUGAUGACUCUUAGACAGUUUGUUAUAACUGUUGUAAUUUUUUUGCCAGAUCAUGAAAAUAUUUAUCAACAAUCCAUUCCCCCUGUUGCUGUUGAAACAAGAGACAAGUGUUCGCUGUCUGGAUUUAAGUUCAAGGUGAGUUGCAGGAACAAAUAUUAUCCUUAAUUGUAACCUUAUAGUCUCAAGAGACAUAUAGUAUAAAUCUUAUCCAACUAGACCAUGAUUUAGUUUCUAUAUUUAUUUAUUGUUGUAAACUCUCCAUCUCAUAUCCUUAUUGCUCUGCUUUUCAGUCGAACCAAGUUAGCUGUGGUGGAUGAAAACAGUACCUGUCUUGUGUAUAGCCUCAAUAACAAUGAGCUGCUCUUCCAGGUAAAAUAAUCUACCCAAAGUCUUAAUUGACAAUUGUAAUUUCAUGGCCAGGAAAAGCCUUAAAUUUAGCUUCUCCUUUUUAACUGGAUAGAAAUGUAGCAAGUCUAAGGUUUUCUCAGUGUGCUAGUGAGAAAGAACAGUCAAAUGUUGCUCGCCUAAGGAAUCACAUUUUUUCCUGGUUAAUCUGACCUUGUGAAUUUAUGAGGUCAGGAGAAACAUCUGUACAACUUUGUUCACCGAUUUAAAGUAUUUGAUGUCUUUCUCUUUCAGGAGCCAAAUGCUAACAGUGUUGCUUGGAAUACCCACAAUGAGGUAAUUCAUGGUAAAUUUUAAAAAAAGGCUGUGAUUUGAGACAUUCUUUAGCCUGACAGAGGAUGCUGUGGGUAAUAUCACACCAUCCAAAUACUGUACAGUUUCCAUAUCACAUGGCAUGAUUUUUUGUAAAACUACAUGCAGUAUGUACAGUAUAAAGAAGAAACAGCAGUUGGCAAAACUCUAUGUUCUCUCUUCAAGGCUUUGCCAGCUCAGUCAGUUGUCAAUUCAAGAUUCAGUUGAGAGUGCUCUGAAGAAAAAACCUCACACUCAACCCUAUCUUUUCACAGUCUUUUUUUUUUUAACAUUCAAGAGAAUAUUUUGGAUAAAUAACAUACAUCAGAACACUAGUUUUGACCUUCGCUGCUCGCUGUAUUUUUUUCCAGGACAUGCUGUGUUUUUCUGGUGGUGGUAUGCUGAAUAUCAAGGCCAGUAACUUUCCUGUACACCAACAAAAACUACAGGUUUGUGAAAUAUUUCAUAAGAUCUUCCUUUUCAUUGCAUUAUUCUUGCAAAGUACAUGCAUCAGUCUAUUUGUUUCACAGGUUUGUGACUGUAAUCUCAAAUUGUCCAAAAAUUGUUCAGUGCUCUUUUUCCAUUGAAAUCACUCCUGCGUGAAUUUUUAUUCACUGGUUAGGGUUUUGUCGUUGGUUUCACUGGAUCUAAGAUCUUCUGCCUUCAUGUGUACACCAUGUCUGCAGUUGAAGUGCCACAGGUAAGGUGUAGUGAAAUAUAACAAUGGUUAUUGUCAAUAGAAUGUGCCCUUCCAUAACUAUUUCCUUCAUUAAAACCCUUGAAACAGUUCUAAAAAACCUCUAACGACAGAACUCUUUUCAAGACUUCAAUUAUAUUCACUUUGAAAAGUAAUGAGGGAGCUUCUUAAUGGAAAAGUUAUUUUCCAAGCAACUUGUUCAAAGAGAACACUAAAGCCAGGUUUUGAGCAAAUUAAAGAAAUAAACUGUUGGAUGAGCUUGUGUUAUUGAUUGCACCAGUAAGAUUGAUAUUUAGAUACUAUGGGUUAAUGUUAAAUUUAUUUCUCUCUUUGCUUAAGUCUGCUCCAAUGUAUCAGUACUUGGAAAAGAAAUUAUACAGGUAAUCUCAAAAAUUUGUAAAACUUAUUUUAUUAAAAAUUCAGUGAUGCUUACUCACUUAAAGGAUCUUUUUGUUUAUUUUAUGAUUUGCAAAAAUUAAGUACCACUUUUAGAACCUUAAAGCUGGUUUUUUACUCAUGGGUAUGUGAACGAGUAAUGUGGAGAUUUGAUAAGCAAAAUUCUCUGGCUUUAGUGCAACCUUGGGAGUCUGGGGAUGAGGAUCACAGAUUGAUUUGGGUGAAGUCAAGUGGAGAUGGCUCAGUUCUGUCAACCACAGGAUCAUUGGCAAAUAAAGAAUAAUGGUCCAUGCUUAGCGUGUGUAUAUUGAGUUAUGAACGCAUGUGGGAAUCUCGGUGAGUGCAAGGGAAGCACAAGAGUUGCUUGUGUUCUACACAGGAUAUUCACAAAUUCACCAUUGUGUUUCUUUACAUAUUAACAGAGAUGCAUACAAAGUUGCCUGCCUUGGCGUGACUGAGGGAGACUGGAGAGCACUAGCCAUGGAAGCCAUGGAGGUGAGUUACAUGUAUAUGACACUGAUCUAUUUAAUACUUACCCAAGGUGUAAUAGGAACUUUACCCAAGAGUCAAGUGAGUGGAAGCAAGUAUUGACCUUUGAAGAGAUGUUACAAUCAACUGUAAAUUUUGCUUGUGGUGGGAAGUGCAAUAUUUUGCCAUUAACUACUUAUAUAAUUACAUUGUCUCAUUUUGGUGAAAAGAAAUUCAUUAAUGUGUUUGAUGAUCUUUUUAGGGCCUGGAUUUUGAUACAGCUAAAAAGGUAUUGUGUACAAUGUUGUGUGCCAAGUACUUACUUUGGCUGUUGAUUUCUAGCAAAUUUGCUAGAAGUGUGAAAUUUAGAAAGGUGGUAAACUCAAGAACUAAACAAUUGUGAAUUAUUCUGUAGCAGCAGGCAGAGAUGAUUGUCAGUUGAAUUUAUUUUCGAACAUUUUUCAGGCCUUCAUCAGAGUGCGGGACUUGAGGUACUUGGAGUUAAUCCACAACAUUGAGGUUAGUUAUUCGGUAAUUUUAUGAUAAAUAUUUGGGUCAGAUUAUGAAAUACAUAAAAUUUACUUGUGAUUGUUGUGUUUGUUCAACAGGAACGUAAAAAGAAAGGAGAGACAGAUGAGCAGGCUUUCCUCGCAGAUGUUUAUGCCUAUCAGGUCAGUAGUUAGAUUAAUCUAACCCUUUACACAGUAACAUCAGAGUGCAAGUUCUCCACACUGUUCUCUUUACAUUUCUUGAUACUUACAAGGAGAAUUUGUCUAACAAUCAAGAGAUUCCUGAUUUCGUGAUCAUUUCCUUUCUUCCUAUGACUUUAAUAUUUGAUUCAGGGGUAAACUGUUGGGAGAAAUUAGAUGCUUAUCACUCUAAGGGGUCAAACAACCCCACAAGCUUUAUAGUUCUAAUAACUAACGUUUUAGAAUAAAGGAUUUGAUUGAUUGAUUGAUUGAUUGAUUGAUUGAUUGAUGAUUGAUUGAAAGGGUUAAUCUCUAUGAUUGUAAGAUUUUAAUGUUGCUGUGUACAAGAUUUGGCAAUAACCAUGAUAAAAAACACAGGCGUCAAGCAAUAACUGUAUUACAGCUCCACGGUGACAUGUAAACAUUUUUUAUUUGAUAAAGACGACGUCGUGUAUGCAUUUAUCGUCUGACUGGUUGCAUGUGAGAACCAACCAAAUGUGUACCUGUAACAUAAACCUCUCUACUUCAGCUUUGAGCAGUUCUAGUAUCCAAUUGCACGGCUUAAAGAAACCGUGAAUUUCCAUCUUAACUUUCUGGAAGCAUCUCUUAGACUCUGUCUUCCCUUCUCGCCCAAAUUAAGUACUGUGGAUGUCAUGCCAUUUUCCAUAUUAUUUACCCUCCAAUAUUUAUAACAUUAUAUUUUUAAUUGACGAAAUCUCUAACCUUUCAUUUUAGGGAAAAUUUCAUGAUGCUGGAAAGCUAUACAAGAAAACUGGACAUGAUGAGAAGGUUUUCAUUUAUUUAAUUAUUUAUUUAUUUUUAAACGAUUGAGUGUACGUCUUUUGAAGGUGGAUGGUAACGAGCAAUCUUAUACUAGCUAUCAAUAUGACUCUCGAGAUUUGAUUGUUAACUAAUACUUUCCAGGCGAUGGAGAUGUUCACCGACCUAAGGCAGUUUGAAUAUGCAAAGGACUUCAUCGGCGGCAGUGAUCCUAAGAAUGUGAAACAGCUGAUCAGGAAACAAGCUGAGUGGUGUGAAACAACAAAUGACCCCAAAGCUGCCGUGUGAGUUUUAACAGAAUGUGGAAGAUGUAGAAUUUUCUCGCAGUAGUAAAUAUCAAAGAGACAAGAGCUCGUAGAGUUCAAAUGUUAUUGCUUUUUUUCCCAAGGUUAUGAUGUUAUUUUUAACAAAUUCAAAACCACCAUUCAAGGUGACUUCUCAAAAGUCUUAGGCCUUUUUUUUCUUUUUUUUUUUUUUUUUUUUUUUUUUUUCAGGAAAGCACCGUAUUCAGUUCUUUUCGUUAAAUUUUCUGCUCCAGAGAAGAGCUAAAGUUAACAUGGCCACAGUUGUGCUAGCUUCUAAGAGAGAUGUGAUUUUUCUUUCUCUUUGUCUCAUUUCAGGGACAUGUUUAUUGCUGCUGGCGAAAACCUCAAAGCUAUUGAAAUUAUUGGACAACAUGGAUGGGUCGAGAAGUUAGUUUUAAUUCUUCGCUAAGGAACAGCCUUAAUGGUUUUAUUUGUCGAGUUUCGUUUUACAAGUGAUUACUGAUACGUCUGUGAAAGAAAGUACGCGCGUUUUCUCAGAUUUGUGUCACCUAUGCUUUGUAGGUUACUUGAACUUGGAAGAAAUAUGAACAAAGCAGACACCGAGGGAAUAAGACAGUGUGCUCAUUUCUUCAAACAAAUGGAUCAGGUAUUGUCAAGAUAUGUCACUAGAUCAUGCUUUAGCAAGAGGACAGGCAGCCAAUGUGCUAAAUUUAUUACCGUUUUAGCAAACUCUCAUGGGUGAGGCGAUGGUGAUCAGAUUAUUUUGGACUAAUUUAGCCUACCCUCCCUUAAAGAAUUCCUACUGUCAGACUACGCUUUAUUAUCUUUUUUGCAAAGGGAAGGGUGGUCAGGUUAUUUGAGGCUAAUUAGCACACCCCUUCCCUAAAGAAUUCCUACUGCCAGACUGUGCAUUUUUUAACCACUUGCAGGAAAAAUAUCUUUUUAUCAUCAACGUCGUCCCCCAAAGCACUUCCUCUAUGUAAUGUUAAUUAUUUUUGUACUAUGUAGCACGGGUAUGCGUCAGAAAUGUUUAUGAAGAUUGGUGACAUCAAAUCACUGUUGGAACUUCACGUGGAUACAAAACAUUGGGAUGAGGUAGGACAAAGUACAUAUCUUGUGAAAGUAACCAGCGUGCUGUAGCUUUCAGAUCGGAAAGCACAAUACGGAAAAGUAAAAAUUUUGUUUUCUUGUUACCUGUCGAUUCCGAUUUAUUACUCCAAACAAUUGCGUUAAGUCAGUUGCAGCUGUUACUCCACCAUUUUUCGAAAAAAAUCACGUCAACGACGUCUUGUCAGCCAGGAACAGUUUAUGUUCCUUUGAAGUAUCAGCUGGGGGAACACUUUUUAAAGGAAGACUAGCUAUUCACAAGUCUGAUGUUAUGAUUUGUGAAACCAGUCAAUUUUAUGUGUGGAAGAGGAAUGCUGUUGCAUCAGUGAGGCAUCAGCACAGAAUCUACUGCUGUAUACUAAUCAUAGUAGGACUUGAAAUUCAGAGCUGUAUUAAUUCUAUUAAGGUGUCCUUUGCCUGUUUACAAGAAAAGCAAAGGAACUUUUCCAAAUACAUUAUUGUGAAAUGGUGUGUGAACUGGAAGGCGUGAAGUUGGAGUGAUGAACAAAUUGGAAUCCUUGAUGUGCGCGGACAAGUGACACGUAGCGAGCUGGGUUACGCGAGUUAACUGACUGCACUGAUUCUGUUUGAUGUAAUUUUUUUUUCAGGCAUUUGAACUUGCGGAAAAACAUCCAGAAUUUAAGGUAGGCCACAGUACUUUUUUCAUUAAUAUUCAUGUUUGAUAUAUUUCCAUUCAGUUAAGCUAUGAAGGUCGCAAAUGUUAUGAGAUAUAAGGUGCUCUUCCAAAUGUAAAUCUUAUUCCCAGGAACUAGCACUAUUGUGUUCAUAUGAAAGUCUGUUAAUGUCUGUUUGGUAACUAGAGAGUUAUAUGAUUAUGGUGAAACGUAUAAGUAUUUAUCUUUUGCCUUUUCCAGGAUGAUGUAUUUGUUCCGUAUGCAAACUGGUUGGCAGAAAAUGACCGAUUUGAUGAAGCUCAGGAAGGUAAGAGGCCCUUUCGUGGAUAACAUGUUUAUAUUAUUUUAACAAUCGCCUGCUCAUUGGACUAAAGCACCGGCUGAAUCUUUUUCUAUCGUUGUGAUUUCUCAGCUUUCCACAAAGCCGGGCGGAGGGAUCAAGCGGUCAAAGUACUGGAACAGUUGUGUCACAACGCUGUCGUAGAACACAGGUUAGUUUUGUGGUUUACGUGACAGAGUCUCGUGUGACUUGUGUCUCUUGAGUCACAAGUGUAGUUGAGCACUGGUGGGUGCGUGUGUGAGUGACAUUUUGUUGCUAUAAUGUAAUCUAUGAGAAUGUUGUGUGACAUUUGCGUUUCGCUAUUCACAGGUAUCACGAUGCUGGAUACUACUUCUGGAAGCUGUCAGUACAAUGUUUGGACCUGGUCGGUGGUGAAGGUACCUUAAAAUCAAACAAGCCAGCAAUUUUUAAUCGAACAUAGAGUGUGAUCCAGUAUUGCUUCGCUCUUGCUCUCAUUUGCUCAAUACCGAUUGGUCUCCAAAACUCGCGCCAACCAAUCAGAUAAAGAAUGAAAACCAAUCGCAACUCGGUCACCCGCGUUUUCCUGCGCAUCAGGUCCCAUUGGCACCUUGUGGUAUUUUUUUUCAGUUGCGACUACUUUGGUUUUUAGUUUUACAACACGCAUUCGAAAUGCUCUCAAUCAAUCAGAUUGGCGGAAUAAAGUGUGACUGUUAGCUAGGAUGCAGUCGUUGGAAAGCAUAUGUAACCAGAGAUAAAUGAGAAAAUUUAUAAUGGGUAUUUUAAAAACAAACGCAUUUUCACCCAACGUAAGCACGCUUAUCUAGCUUUUGCCAAGCUCUCUCGGUCCUUGGAAAAGGUGGUAAAAACAGGCUACAUUUCGAUUGUUCCCGUUCCCUCUGACAGACUGAAAUAGGUUAACACUAUUAUGAUGAAUUCAAUCAUUUCCUUUAAGACAAAUUAAAAGAAAACGGAUUAUUCUUCUAUUUUAACUGACCCAUUUAUCUAUUUCCACAGAAAAUUCCCAGGGUGAACCUGAUUAUGAAAUGUUGGACAAAUUUCACGAGUACCAGGAGAAAGCAGAGAUUUAUCAUCUAUAUCACUCUAUUCAAAGAUACACUGUAAGACUUUGUUGUUAAUUUUUGAUGCUCUAAACGCCCCCUGUAAGGACACCGCAGUGAUCAAUUACUUGAGAGAAUCUAACCCAGACUUAUGUUCGUUUGCCUUUAGGAUGAACCAUUUACUUCCCAUCUUCCAGAGACACUUUUCAACAUCGCUCGUUAUUUGCUACAUAUGCUGGUGAAAGAAAUCCCACCAGGAGUGUCAAGAGUGUAUCCUUUGACGUAGAAAACAGUUGAACUAAACAAGCUUGCUUUGUGAGCGCUGUUCAAAAUGUGAAUUACAUCUACGCUUGUGCAAAAAAAAAAGCGACAACGACUGAAAUAUUAAGACUGUUUGAUACACACGCGUCUUUCGUUGCAGUGUACACGUUGAUAUGAGAGAAUCUACUUGUUGCAUCCGCAGUAAAAUUUAUUGAGUGAAAUAUAGACCUUAAUUGUUGUGUAGUUCGACGUUAUUCGCGCUCGCCAAACAAAGCAAGAAUUUAGGGGCGUAUAAAAUGGCACGUACAGCUUACGACAAGCUACAGGUGAGUUACUUCAGCGGUUCGAGAAAGUUGCAAAUUAUAUUCCAGUGGCAACUUUCCGAGAUAUUUACGAGAAAAACAUAUGAACUUAAUGACGGCUUAGCUCAAUGUCGAGUCUCUGUAGCCCAGUUGUAGUGCCCCGGAGCGCGGAAACUUUUUCUUUCUCUUUCAUUCUCCCUACGCACUUUAUAUAGCUAGGCUUUAUUUCACCUUUUGCUUUAUUUUGUUUUCUCUAUGCAGUCGUUGAAGAUUCCUCUGCGUUUUCAAGAAUCUAUUGACCUGGGAAGUGUAACCAUUCGCUCGAAACCCUUCCACGACAACGAGGUAAAUGAUCACACUGUCCAAAACCUGUUUCACAAAAAUCACAGUCAUCGUCAUCAGGUUUUUUAGCCAGUGAAGAAAACCUCUUCUUUUCAUUUUCCUCUGUAGGAACUUCUUCCCCUGUGUUACCGCUGUUCCACCACGAAUCCUCUUUUGAACAACAAAGGAAACCAGUGCAUCAACUGUGGGCAGCCAUUUGUGUAUUCAUUUUCGUCUUUCGGUAAGAUUUUAUCCCAGGUACUAUUAGGGAACGGUCAUUAUUUAUCCCCAGGGGAGGGGGAACAAAGUAUUUUGGUUGUGUCACGAUUAAAUUUACCUAAUCCCCCCAUAGGCUCUUUUAUAUUCUUAUAUUCCCCUUCCCACCCUACCUCGGUGGCAGUUAAUUGGCAGUCAAUUUUUUAUAGACCCCCCUCGUUGGCACCGACUGAUCCCUCUUCUGCUCCCCCCCUGAAAACCAUGUGAUCUCCCAAAUUUCCUUUCCCCCCCCUCCUCCGUGGUAAUUAAUAACUAGUCCAUACGCAGUCGUAACUUUAUUGUAACUGGAACAGCAUGAAUGGGUUAUCAAGUGCAAUGCAGGGUUUGCGUCUUAAACUCUCACCUCAGGUUUGAUCACGUGGUUUCAUUUUGAGUGGCUACAUGGUAAUUAAUGCUUUUUAUUGAAUUCAACGCCUAAUUUUUUUUUUCUCUUCCUUUUAGAGGUACUCCCGCUGGUCGAAUUUGUGUUGGAAGAUGGCAUCAGGUAAUGUAGCUUGGCGGGGAAAAGUGUAGCGCCGCGAUGCGAGCAGCCAAGCACACGAAAUACGAGUCGGCGCGCGAAAAGAGCGUGUGCAAGGUGUGUGAGACGUCUGGCUCUAAAAAAUUUGCCCGAAGUCCCAAGGACUUCCAAACGCGCUCACAUCACUUACCUGUUGUACCGCCAGAGUGCCAGCUGGCAAAAUAAAAAAAAAGCGUGAUGCGAGUUUCUUAGCAUUCAUAAAUUGUUAUAUUUUUCUAGAGGAUAAACAGUGACGAAUUGGUCCUCUCAUAUACUUUGCAAGUUAAGAAACCGAAGUCACAUAGAAUUGAGAUUCCAGUGAUGGUCAGAGCGAUACCACCCAGGUACCAGUUGGGCGUUUUUUCCGCCUGAGCCACAAAGCUAUUAGGAACUUACAAAGCCUGGAGAAAGCACAAAAUAAUAAUGCUAGAAAACAUUGCAAUCGAAAAUCCAACACGGCAAGCAUGUUACCUUCCAAAUUUUGUCCAAAAACAUAAAACCUCCGAAAAUAUUCCUUUGAACAGAAACUAUAAGAGAGAAUUUGAGCAUAAGAAACUGUGUGCAGAUUUGUAGUUCUCCUUCCCCACUCAACGUUUCAAAUGGACUGUGGUCUCUCAGUGUGGGUUUUUUUUUAUUUUUUUUUGGUUUUUUCGAAGUAAUGAGGAUGCUUUGAAACUGAUCGAGGCGGAACCACCCAAGAGCAAAGAAAAGAAGCGCUCAAACUGGCAGGAAAGAGAUAUGGGAGGUAUCCUUUGCAAUGAGAAUAAAGGAAAUGAUCGCCAACCUAAGAAACUAUAAUGCUUAAACAAAUUCUUCUUGUCAUUAUCAAAGGAAAUUUAUAGAGAACAGAAUGGAGAAUCUGGAUACUGAUGUUAGGGUGUAAAGGGAUAGACCCAUAUUAAAAAGUGGUUCAUAGCUCUGAUUAACGAUGAAAUUCCUACCAUAUCAAACCUCACAUAGUCCUUAUUUGGCUAAUAAUAGAAUUCUAAAAUAUCAAUUUUGCACCUCACUAUACUUCUGAUUUUUCAGGCUGUACUCAGCCAGAGGUUUUGUUUCUUUGUUCACCAAAUCCUGAGUAAUGAAUAGGUAAACACUGCUCUCAAUUCUUGCUUUGAAACAUUUCCUUGACAACAAACCAGACUUUCAGUCCCUGCAGUUCACAGAUGAAACCCCCGAAGAGGAAGAAGAGGAUCCGUUUACAGCUAAGCUGAUGAGUUUUGAGGUGAGCAGAUGUUUGCAUCUGAGAUUUGAGUUGUGCGACCGGUUGCGAGCGCGAGAGGAACGCACAAGCGCGACCUCAAGCGCGAGAAAAAAUUGUGCUCGCGCAAUGUAAGUUCGCGUCAUACGUAAGCCGCGAUGCCAUUUAAACAAGUGAUUUCGCUGCAGUCCAUUUGAAACGCGCUCAAAGAUUUCUUCUUUUGUCGCGGCGUGUGAAAGUAUAAAUGUAUCGUUAAUACGAUGAGUUCGCGUCUAAUGUUAAUGAAAGCCGCGGAUUAUUUUCCUUGUGUAAGCGACCCCUUUGUGUGUUUACCUCUUCCCUUUUUCAUAUAGUUUAUUGUAUUUACUGCAACCUCAUAAUUUUUGGUCGUUUAUGAAUUUAAUUACUCGGAAUAACGAGGGGAAAGUGGAAAAAACUCUCCUCCAGUGAAGAUAGGAGCAUAAAAAAUUCUUCCGUGAUGAAAGAAAAAGUAAAAAUAUAAAAGCAGCUGUUAUCGAGGAAGUCAUGCGUAGUUGAAAACCGUAUUUUGAACUUAAAUAAUUUAUAUCUAUGACAGGAUAGACCUGGAAUUCGUAAAAGUUUUAAUUUUUUCUGGAAAAGAAAAUUGUUUUCAUUGAGCAAAUAAAACUGGAUAGCUGUUCAGCGGAAGAUACACUGGCUGGGAAUGCAACAACCUGUGUGAAGUGUCUCAGUAGCCCGACUAAACGCUCGGCUUAUUGUUGCCCCAAUACGGAAGAAAAAAUGUAAUAAAUGUAAAUAAGGCGAAAUCGCUGCGAUUCUAUUUAUAUCUCUAUGGAAAAGGGCCGUGAUUAUUCAUUUUGUUGAUUCACUUGGACGAAAUGUGCCGGGGCACUUGACGAAAAGUAGACGCCAAGCUUUGUUGAUUCAUUAAAUCACACAAUUUUCCCAACUAUAUGUUACUAAAUUUAUGGCUCUAAUGAAUCAGAUUUUGUCUGAAUUGACUGCUGCAAGUUGGGCAAGCUGAGCGGCCUUUUGUGAUCCUGAAACUAUCUGUUAUCAUUUAUCAUGCAAAUAUCUUGAGAGGAGAAUUAAGGAAGGCCGUCUCAAUUGUUUUUGUCGACCAUCUGGUGAAAAUUUCAUUUUAAUGACUUUUUUCCAAUUGAUGGCUAACCUAGAAAACUUCACAAAUUUAGACAAAAGAAUGGAAAGUGUACAUACAGGAAACUAGUUUAAUUUCUUGAAGAAAAUUAAGGUCUGAGGAAAUUCACAUGCUUACUUCUUUCUUCAGUUAUUUUGGUCCUAUUCAAUUUCAUUUUCUUAGAAAUAGAAACAAUUGCAACUUCCUGUUAUUUUGGAGUAAUUUAUCAAUGCAGUAAUGGUAGGUUUUCUUUGAUAAUCAUCUCUUUUCACCUAAAAUUCUGAAAGCUUCUCUUGAUCUUCAGAAUUUCUUUUCACUAUUUUGUAACUGUAUACCAUCUGUCUGUAAAAGUCUUGUCGAGAAAAUUUAUGUCUACUUUAAAAUUGUUACCGCCCACAGCAAGGUGGAUCUGAGUUCGUCCCAGUCCGCGUAGGUCGCUCAACUUUACAGGCCAUGAACAGCCGCGAGGUGCUCAUAAAGAAGUGGCCUAGUCCUCUAAAAUACCAAUAUUACCGAUCACUUCUCCCCGAUGUCUCCAUUACACUUUGUUCGUCGUGUAAUCGGGUAAGUCAGAGUUUUCUACGUCGGGUUUUUGUUCAUUUUAGUACAGCGGGUCGAGUGAUAAAUUACGAGUGGUAAACCUCCCUAUGAAAACCAUGCCAUCCCCAAAAUCUUCCGAAUUCCUUUCCCCCCCGUUAAUAAAUAGUGACUAGUUCCUCAUCCUCACCGGCUUGAAUAAAUGCUCGCCGGACUAAGUUGGCCAAAGUAAUCUAUAGACACUCCCAAUUAAUGUUUUCUUCCAAUCUUUUUCCAGUUAUUCCACACAGACGAUUACGAGCUUUUGGUUUUACAGAAAAAUUGCUGUCCGUUCUGCCGCAAACCAGCUGAUCAUCUGUAGCGCUAAUUUCGACUUUCUACACUGAGCCCGCGGGCUUUGAUUAUCACAGUUACUUAGCAAAAUGGCAUGCUGUCAUUUCAUCACUCUCUCGUUCGUAACAGUGUUAUUUUUAGACUCAAUGUCGAGAUAUGAAGUUUGCCUAUUUGCGUUUUAAGAAUUUUCGUCGAAAUGGAUUUCAAUACAAUAAUCCACUUUUUUCCCCAACAGGAGAAUUUUCACCUUACAGCCACGUUCAUCUUGAUCAGUGAAAAUUUGUUUAUACAGUUCGUUUAUACAGUUUGUAUACAGCUUUGCUUGUUAUUUCGUUCUAAUGUAAAUAUCAUGCUUUUUCCAAAGAGACCUGAGCUGAAAGUAAAUUAAUUACAGCACGGAAACCUCAUUAAAAGCUGCUUACAGAAGAACAAUUGUGUUUCACUCACGAAUGAUUGCAAAACUUUAUAGAGAAGGAC